GAAACAGAGUGGUGCGGUUAAGUGCGGUUGUUGUUGACAAAAAAUAAUUAUUUUUUUUGAUAAUGUGAUUGAUAAUAGUACGGAACUUUGCGAGCAUGUGCUUUUCGAUUGAUUGAUUUAAAUUUAAUUUAAAAGUUUGUGAAGAUCGUCAACGAUUGUCCUAUUCGGAAUAGGUUAUAAUUCGAUUACUUUUACUCGGCGAUUAAUUUGGACUGUAGGCGAACGAUCAACUCGGUUGUUUUGAACGGAAUUCGUACGUUGUUCGAGGAAACGGUUUUCAUCGUAUAGUAGAUAUGCCGCUCACCGUGAAAAGACAUCAGAAAAGAAAAACUAUAAAACACACGAAUAAGAAGAAAACGCGAAAGCAGCAUUCUGCGCUUUCUAAAAUUAAACUCUUCGAACGAUCGACAAAUGGUCGCAUUGUGCGAGACGAGUAGAUCAUCGGUGAUCAUCAUCAUUUUGAUACGACCGUCGUUUUUCAUGUUCUACAGACCUCAAUUAGCAGAAGUAUGGGAUGACCGCAAGUCGGCCAAAAAGAAUCUCGCUGAAAUGGGAUUGUCCUACGACUCGAAUGUCUCAGUCCGACGUUCUUCAAAAUCUGCACGACAGAAAAGUGAAGCCGACGCGCAAAAAGCCAACACAGCCGCUGUAUUGGAAAAGCAAGCGAAAACACCGCGUAAAGUCGAUUUUAAAUUUCCCAAGGCGCAAGCGAUUUAUUUCUCGUAUCUCAUAUCCAAGUACGGCGACAACUAUAAGGAAAUGACGAAAGAUCCUAAAAAUAUUUACCAAGAAACGUGGAAGCAAAUCAGGUCGAAGAUAACGAAAUUCAAGAAAUUGGAGCAGUAUCGCAAAAUGAUGUGCAACGCGUGACGAUGAAAAGCGUAGUUAGCUAUAGUUGAUGGUACCUGUACAUACGUAUUUUGAUAAUUAUUAUUACCUCUUGGCUCUUCCUUCCUACGCAUUAAAAUGAUUUCGUGUUGUGUUUUGUUUA